CUGUGGUCUGUGGUCUGUGCGUAGAAGGUGAGGGGAUCCCUGGCCGCACAGCCAACACUUUUCACAGGAGGUCCCAACAACGCCCGGUGCCACUGCGCGAUCUGCUGACGCAACCACGUCGCUGUGGCUCAAUGCGAUGGCGGACCGCAAUGUCCCCAGACCUGCCCAGGGAGGGACGGAGCAAAGUCACUGAGCCACUCUCACCGGCUCCAUACCGCUGCCGCCCAACCACCUGUUAAAGAGGGGGCUGCUGUCGUUGCCGUCCCUCCCGUGAAAUAGUAUGUGGGACGGGGUCUGCUCGGAGCGCACUGACCGGGACGAGCCAGAAGCGGAGUGAAGAUAGGAGCGGAGUGCACCGGGCUGACGCGCCGCAUGUUGAGCCAGCAAGUUGACUGAUAUAACAAAAGUCGAGUCGACGGGGAAGGGGACAGCCGCUCACCGGAUUUAACGGACAUUCGAGGGUGACAGUUGUUCCGGCAAAAUGAAAUUCGCGGAGCAUCUUUCGUCUCACAUCACUCCUGAGUGGAGGAAACAGUAUCUUCAGUAUGAGGCGUUCAAGGAAAUGCUGUACGCCGCCCAGGACCAAGCUCCGUCCGUAGAAGUCACAGAUGAAGACACAGUGAAGAGAUACUACGCCAAGUUUGAGGAAAGGUUUUUCCAGACCUGUGAGAAGGAGCUCCUGAAAAUCAACACAUUCUAUUCAGAAAAGCUUGCCGAAGCCCAGAGACGUUUUGCCACGCUGCAGAAUGAGCUGCAGUCUUCACUGGACGCCCACCGCGAGAGCAACGUACCGCCCGGCCUGCGCAAACGCAAGACGAUGUUUCACCUGUCGCAGGAGGAGCGCUGCAAACACCACAACAUCAAGGACCUGAAGCUAGCCUUCAGCGAGUUCUACCUCAGCCUCAUCCUGCUCCAGAACUACCAGAACCUGAACUUCACUGGUUUCCGUAAGAUCCUGAAGAAACAUGACAAGAUCCUGGACACGCCUCGUGGGGCCGACUGGCGUGUUGCUCACGUGGAGGUGGCUCCUUUCUACACCUGCAAGAAGAUCACACAGCUCAUUUCCGAGACAGAGACCCUCGUCACCACAGAGCUGGAGGGAGGAGAUCGUCAGAAGGCCAUGAAGAGGUUGAGAGUUCCCCCACUCGGGGCAGCUCAGCCUGCUUUGGCCUGGACAACCUUUCGUGUUGGACUCUACUGCGGCCUCUUUAUCAUUCUUGCCAUCGCCUUUGUUCUCUCUGGUGCUGUGUUUAUCCGCUACGAGAACGUGUGGCCUCUGGUUCGGAUCUAUCGGGGCGGUUUCCUGUUGAUCCAGUUCCUCUUCCUGUUGGGCAUUAACACUUAUGGAUGGAGACAGGCUGGAGUCAACCAUGUUCUCAUCUUCGAGAUCAAUCCCCGCAACAACCUCUCACACCAACACCUGUUUGAGAUCGCUGGUUUCCUGGGUGUGUUGUGGUGUAUCAGCAUCCUCUCCUGUCUCUACUCAGAGUACACCUACCUCCCCAUGCAGAUCAACCCUCUCAUCCUUUAUGGCUUCAUGGUGCUUUUCCUCAUCAACCCCUUCAAGACCUGCUACUACAAAUCACGUUUCUGGCUCCUCAAGCUGCUGUUUCGUGUGUUCACAGCGCCAUUUCACCGCGUGGAGUUUGCAGACUUCUGGCUGGCUGAUCAGCUGAACUCUCUGGUGUUUGUUCUGAUGGACCUGGAGUAUCUCAUCUGCUUCUACAUCUUUGAGCUGCAGUGGAGCCACAGCAAGGGCCUGUUGCCCAAGUUUAAAGACCCUGAUGACUACGUCUGUCACAGCUACUCGUACGGUCUGCGUGCCAUCAUCCAGUGUCUGCCCGCCUGGUUCCGCUUCAUCCAAUGCCUGAGGCGCUAUCGCGACACCAAGAGGGCCUUCCCUCACCUGGUGAACGCCGGGAAAUAUUCUACCACCUUCUUUGUUGUCACCUUCGCUGCGCUCUACGCCACACACAGAGAACAAGGACAUACAGACGCCGACAUGUUCUUCUACCUGCUGAUCGCGUUCUCGACCAUCAGCUCCCUGUACACACUGAUCUGGGAUCUGCGUAUGGACUGGGGUCUGUUUGACCGCGGAGCCGGAGAAAAUACUUUCCUCCGAGAAGAAAUAGUUUACCCCCACAAGGCCUACUACUACUGUGCCAUAAUAGAAGAUGUGAUCCUGCGUUUUGCCUGGACGAUCCAGAUCUCGCUGACUACAAUGACCAAGAUCCACUCUGUGGGCGACAUCGUAGCCACGGUGCUGGCUCCUCUCGAGGUCUUCAGGCGCUUUGUGUGGAACUUCUUCCGCCUGGAGAACGAGCACCUGAAUAACUGCGGCGAGUUUCGUGCGGUGAGGGAUAUCUCGGUGGCGCCGCUCAACGCUGACGACCAGACGCUGCUGGAGCAGAUGAUGGACCAGGAGGACGGCGUCCGAAACCGCUCGGGCAAAAAGACCUGGAAGAGGUCCUACAGCCUGUCGCUCCGGCGCCCCCUACUGUCCUCCUCACAAUCGAAAAAGGACACAAAGGUGCUAAUUGAAGACACGGAUGAUGAGGCCUUCAGCUGAGUCCACAACGUCCGCAUGUACCACACACACAAACACACACACACACACACACACGCAGGCAGACAUACUAUACUUAUAUGGGCCUCAGACACUAACACCCAACCUCAACCCUUCUCCCUUAUAGUUCUUUCUCUGUGUAGUAACCCUAACCUUCAGUCUAAACCUUUAAAUCAGUGAGGACUGUCAGUCUACCCUCACUUUGGAGAAUUUACCUCAUCUUUACUUCCUCGUGAGUAUAUUUGGUCUUUAUAAGUAUAGAAAUACACACACUGUAAUGUAGAAACACACACACACACACACACACA